AUGUUAUAUUGUGUAUUUGCCAUAGAUGAGGUAAAACCUUCGAAAAAAUACCAGAGUGAUAAAGAUGCACCAGCAUGGCCUUUUUGUAUUGUGAUGACAGAAGCUAGCAAUUUAGGAAAACACAAUGUUAAAUGCAAUGAUGUAUUUUUUUUCAAACAUCAUUUAAAUGAGCCAAAAUAUAAAAUAGUUCAAGAUUUUUAUAAAUAUCUUGCCCAAGACAAAUCAAAGUCCUAUUAUGAAGAUGUCACAUUUUCUUCACUAUCUUCUGAUAAAAUUCCAGAUCUCAAAAAGUUUAAUGCUAAAAGAAGUCGUUAUGAGAAUAUUUUCUCAAUUUAUGUUGCUCAGAAAUUUCACAAAAUCCUAAUAGAUAUUUAUGAAAAUGCUACUCACAUUGUUCUUUUUAAUGGUAGGGGCUCUAUUCGAAAACUUGCAGAUAUUAUAAGUCCUUACACUGAUGUAGAUUUAUGA